AUGGGAGUAAACCAAUCCACAAAUCGAGCUGCAAAGUUUAGCGGUAGUACGCGAAAGAGCAUACGCUUAACUCAGGGAGCCCCAGCGAGUGCUCCAACAGUACGUCGUCAAUUAUCACAACGAAACAUAAAUAGGAAUGUUAAAGAAUUUUCAAGGUUUUGGUCCGGAGGUGGCUCAUUUCGUCCAAAAGGUACCAGUGGAAACCGACGAAGCGAAUCAGUUAGGAGGAGUAAUAGCGUGCGCAGAAAUCGGCCCCAAUCUGCCGAACCAUCUCGAAAAUCGUCAAGAGGAUUACUCACGCCAGUGUCCACGCCACAAUCAACACCUCGACCCAUGCACAACUCGUACGCAGCAAAUGGCCCAUCUUUGCCCCGUCCUGCGCCGGGACCAAGAAAUUUUGAACCUUCGCUGCCGCCCCCUCCACCUCGUUAUGAGUACCACGACGAUGUUAUAAUUGACAAUGUUCGAGCUCGUAUAUUCGAUAGUAAUCCGGAACGAUUGCAUGCUUUACAAUUUCCGCACGAGACCGCCAUCUAUUGA